AGAGAGAGGGAGAGCGCGAGCUCGAUCGCGGGGCGACAAUGGCGGGGGAGGGGGAGGGGGCGUCGCUGCGGGCUCCGGCGGCGGCGAUGGCGGCGCACCGGCGGCGCGUGAGCUACUUCUACGAGCCGUCGAUCGGCGACUACUACUACGGGCAGGGCCACCCGAUGAAGCCCCACCGCAUCCGCAUGGCCCACAGCCUCGUCGUCCACUACGCCCUCCACCGCCGCAUGGAGAUCUCCCGCCCCUUCCCCGCCUCCUCCGCCGCCCUCCGCCGCUUCCACUCCGACGACUACGUCUCCUUCCUCGCCUCCGUCGGCGCCCCCGCCUCCCUCUCCGACUUCGACCCCCGCGCCGUCCGCCGCUUCAACGUCGGGGAAGACUGCCCCGUCUUCGAGGGCCUCUACCAGUUCUGCCAGGCCUCCGCCGGCGGCUCGAUCGGGGCCGCCGUCAAGCUCAACCGCGGCGACGCCGACAUCGCCAUCAACUGGGCCGGCGGCCUCCACCACGCCAAGAAGUGCGAGGCCUCCGGCUUCUGCUACGUCAACGACAUCGUCCUCGGCAUCCUCGAGCUCCUCAAGUUCCACCGGCGCGUGCUAUACGUAGACAUUGAUAUCCACCACGGAGACGGUGUCGAGGAGGCUUUCUACACAACCGACAGAGUCAUGACUGUUUCAUUCCACAAAUAUGGUGAAUUCUUUCCUGGCACAGGGCAUAUCAGUGAUGUCGGCAAUAACGAAGGAAAGUACUAUGCCGUAAAUGUUCCUUUGAGUGAUGGGAUGGACGACAUUAGUUUCGGCAUUCUAUUCAGAAGUAUCAUCCAGAAAGUCAUGGAGGUUUAUCAGCCUGAUGUAGUUGUUCUUCAGUGCGGGGCGGAUUCAUUAGCCGGCGAUAGGCUAGGUUGCUUUAAUCUGUCUGUGAGGGGGCAUGCCGACUGUCUCCGCUAUCUCCGAUCCUUUAAUGUGCCUAUGAUGGUUUUGGGAGGCGGAGGAUACACUAUUCGGAAUGUUGCUCGCUGCUGGUGCUAUGAGACGGCUGUUGCGGUUGGAGUUGAACCUGAUAACAAGUUGCCCUAUAACGAGUAUUAUGAGUACUUUGGCCCCGACUAUACUCUUCAUAUUGAACCAAAAAAUGUGGAGAAUCUCAACUCUGCGAAAGAUCUGGAGAAUAUAAGGAACAUGAUAUUUGAGCACCUGUCACAAAUAGAGCAUGCUCCAAGUGUACAAUUCCAUACCAGACCACCAGAUACUGAAGUUCCUGAAGAGGAAGAAGAGGACAUGGAAAGAAGGCCACGUCGUCAGUUGUGGAGCGGCGAAUCAUAUGAUUCUGAUCCAGAGGACGGCCAAAAUCAACGGAGCGUCAAUGAUCAAGUGGCGACCAACUCUGAUAAAGAGGAUGAGCAAUAAGAAAAAUAGCAGCGGCUGAGCUAUAUAUGGAGGAUAUACAUACAAUACCUGACAUUGUUGUACAGAGUAGCACUUCAACUUGUGGCAAAGCGAAAAUUAGGAAGAUAUGUAUACCUGCAAAGGUGAGUUUAAGAAGACGCCCAUUUGCAUUGUCGGCAUUAAAGAUUUUUCCUUCUAAAAUCAGUAACAUGAGCUCGUGCGAAUUUUGAUAAUCAUCGUAUUGACGACCUAAAUGCAUUGCCCAUUAGAAUUGUGAAGUUCAAUCUAUAAAUGCCAGAUUUGUGCAGUUUUUGUUUGCUCCAGUAUCUUUUGCAAGCGGCAUUUUACACGACCGUCCUCAUUACAAAGCUGUUCAUUCUGGUGAUCUGGUUUCUGAAUCAGCUUCUCUACUUACCAAUGUGUUUGGCAAUAGAAAAACUCCAAAGCUUCUUACUAAAGUAGGAAGACAUCAGUGUUUUGGACUUUCAA